AUGGCGAUAGAUCCUGUCAUCAUGGACGUACACCUGAAAAGGACGCUGCGGCUUCUGUUGGCUUCUCUGGCCAGGAUCCUUAUAGUGUCGAAGUUCGUGGCGGAAUCCGUGUGCACAUUUCGGCAUUUUAACCUGGAACGGAGUGCUCUGAAUAAUAUUUGGCACUGUGGCUACUUGGCGGCCGGAGUCUAUAUAAGCCUUCUGGCGAUCUCCCAAUUAACUGCCUCCCUGCUAAUCGUGGCCCUCAGGCGGAGAUUCGUGGCCACUGGAAUCCUGUGGCUGGCGGCCCACCUGCGAAUGGCCGCCAAUCCGACGCUGUGGAACCUGGACAGGUAUAUGGAGCUAUGCGGACUGAUCAGCGCCCUUCUGGUGAUAAUGCUGAAAUCACAUCGUCACUCCGUUGUCACUUUUCUGCUGAUCACGUACCUCAAUUGCACCUGGAACCUGGAAAUUCAAAUGUCUCCUCAAGCACAUGCUGGAGCUAAUAAUGAUAACUCGCCAGCCUCCAGGGCACUAGAGUGCUUUAACUUCUGGCACAAGAUAUCGGUAGCCGGAGGACUGAUCCUGAUUGCCGUUUCCGGACAAUAUCACUAUUGCACGUUUUAA